AUUAUUGCUACACCGCGCCCUCUAGCGAAGCAGGGUCAACUAUUUGAGUGGGAGAUAUGAUAAAUAUAAGCAAACGACGGAUCAUGCUUUGAGAGCACUCUAUCUUUUGUUGUCAUUGCAACAUACAUUGGAUGGUUUAAUUGGUCUCUAUUUUACUUGUCAGACUGUGGUUAAUAAAUGUUCUGUAAAGAUGACUCAUUCAGUAGCAUGCGUGUGGAUUCUUAUCAUUUCUCUAAAUCUGGGAAGUUGCAUGUACUAUGCAGAUUACGAUGAUGAUUAUUAUAACGAGAACAGAGCCCUAGAGUUAUUCAAAAAAAUGCAAAGACGAAACUAUUAUCUGAAACCCACAUGUAGAGGAUGGAAUAACCAUUGCCUGCCUUGGUCAUCAGAGAUCCAGCACAGCUGUUGCGGAGGACUCUCAUGCAAAUGUAAUCUAUGGGGCCAGAACUGCAGAUGCACAACCAAACUUUGGGGACGUUGAUUGAACAGACACCGUCACGUGACCAACAGAAUGAUAUUUCCAACGAUAACACUAUGUGUUAUUAAAAUUUUCAUUUCGUCUUAGAUUCUUUCAUGUCCUUCUUAAUAAAGUUCACAAUUCCGAU